AUGUGUAAAUACAACAAUGCCUAUUUACUUUAUGGGAGCUACACACUUUACCGCUCCAGCACCGGUCACAGUGAACUUCACCUGGUUUGUUCUGGGAGUUAUGGUCGUAACUAUGCCAGUGCUCAGUGGACCUGGUCACCUCGUCCCCUGCAACAGUUGAAAGUAAUAGCAUCUGCAGAACGUUCUCAGCCCAUCAUCACCAAUGUCAAAGGUACCAACUUCGUGAAUCGACUGGUGACCUCAGGGAAACACUUCGAUGGCAAGGAUUUCAAUGUGAGGAUUGUCCCCGUUGUGUUUCAAGAUGCCGGACUUUACGUCUGUUAUCUGGAAUCAAAUCCAUUUCCCACCAUUGAUCUAAUCACAGUGAAAGUCACAGCUGAACCGUCUGAUGCAGUGACUGAGGGAGACAACGUUACCCUGACCUGCUCUGUGUCUCACGUCACUGGGUCAAUGAGACUGGUUUGGAUCAAUGGCGAUGGCAAACGUGUUGGAGAAAAGGCACUGACUGAGGAAGAGAAAUCACCGAGUCUGGUUAUUCAGAAAGCUGAGAGAGGCAGAGGGAACUGGAGAUGUGUUUUGUUUCAUCAACACCUGCCCCGGCUUUUUGUCCCGUACUAUCAGAAGGACAGUAAAAUCAAUGUGACCCCAGUACCUGGGAUGAGCCGUGUUCCUGAAUAUAUGUCUGUGAGUAGGAACACAAAGCAAGAAGUCCAAAUGCCUCUGAUGCUGCUGCUGCUGCAGGCAACAUUGUCAUUGUAUCUGUUCCUGUGUCUCGCCAUUGGUGUGUAUCCGUCAAUGAAUUCAACAACUCCUAAAAUGUACUGA